ACCGACUAUGAUCGAAUCCUGCCCCAAAAAGCGCAUGUUACUCGGCAUCACCUGCCUUGGCGUCUUAACCGUUCUAGUCUUAAUCAUUGAGUCCCACUGGACGGACUCACGGGGGCCCACCCGCAAACGCACCUUCCCCGUCGAGCAGAACUCAACGUGCUGGGAGAAGGAAAAAUACGAAAUCAUCAAAGACUGCGAACCGUGCUCAGCCUUUGAAAUCGCCAGUCAGAGCGUGGGGGUCUGCAUCCACACCCAUUUCAAGGAAGUCCUGAGGUGCGCCAGUGGCGAGACCGUGACCCGGAGCUGCGACCGCGCCGCCUUCAUCGACGAGAGGGCCUUUUGGAGAUUUGAAGGUUUUAUGUUUGUUUGCGCUAUUAUCUCAACUCUUUGCGUCUCCGCCCGGAAAAGGGUGCUGAACAAGCGGAUGCUGCAAAGGGUGCAGAGGCAACUAGCCAACUGUGUUUAAUCAUGGACCACAUUUACAUUGGGGCUCAGCGGGUGGGGGACGCCCAGUUGUCGCUUGAUAUUGAGUCGUUAAUUGUCCUCAACGUUUAUAGAAUCGCAGGGAAUGAUAAUAUUAAACUUAGGGUUAAGAUCCUCGAUGGGGGGACUCAGGGGGCGCACGUUACGGUCGACAUGUCGCGAGUCGUGCACGAAAUCGUGGAAAAUAUUCCCGAAAUUGCGAAAUAUUGCGCAUGGCCGGUCAUCGUCAAACAUAAUUAUGUCAUAGCGGGGUUGUGUUCAGUCACCCGCCAGAUUAUUAAAUUAAGCGAGCAUAAAAAAGUCCAAAAAUUGUUGGGGUUCAGGGAUGCGUGUCUAAUGGCGUGUAGUGAGAGUUCAAUUUGGACGAAAUUCUGCGAAGUCGAUAUGAUUUCAACCAUCAAAAGUGUUGUUCUAGACCCGAUGGGUCAUUUCAAUGGUAACGUUUUUAAAUUACCACGGGACUUGGUCCGGUUCGAGUACCACCUAGGACAACCGGUACGUAUGCACAAUGUUUACAAAAUCGCAAGAGAACAAAAUAAAGCAAUAACAAACGACACCCCAAUCGAAAAAUUAGACCUCAAGCACACGUUCGGCGAAGGCCCUUUUAUGACGCUUUCCGACGUUAUUUUGUUUUCUUGCGUCCAAAUUUUCAUGACGUUGUUUCCCGAACUCAAAUUUCAAGACAAGUUACCACUGACCCUAGCCUGGUACCACAAUAUGAAAGAAAUGAACGUAAACAAACUAAAAUUUGAUUUAAAUCCACUUCCGGUUGAAAUAACCGAAGUCGAGGAACCGGAAAUCGUGAAACAGAGUCUCUACACAGCUGAUCCCUCGCGCUACAAGCCGGAAAAACGCAUCUACACUAAACAAAAAGACAUAACAAACUCGCUACGAAUCAUAAAUAAUAACCACAUCGAAAUUGCAAAUUCUCUGUACCCGUACGGUGACGAAAUUGAGUUUGAUUGGUCGAAAAUCCCCGAGGAAGCGAAUCCAAUGAGUGGCGCCCUCCCGGAAAACCGCGCGUACCGGAAAUGCGACCAACUGGAGAACUUGGCCAAAGCCGUGAUUAAACUCACCGGAGGCAAACAAAUGAAAAUUGUCGAUUUUUGUUCCGGGAGUGGUCAUUUGGGUAUCUUGCUUGCGUUCCUCCUGCCUCAGUGUACAAUAAUCCUGGUCGAAAACAAGGAAUUGUCACUCGUGCGGGCUAAGGAACGCAUCGAGAAAAUGAAUUUGACUAAUUUGGUGAUUUUGCAAUCGAAUUUGGAUUAUUUUGUCGGUACUUUCGAUAUUGGCGUGUCGUUGCAUGCGUGUGGCGUCGCGACGGAUCUGGUGAUUCAAAAUUGUAUCAAAAAUAAGGCGCAUUUCGUGUGUUGUCCGUGUUGUUACGGUGGGAUACACGAUUGUUACCAUUUAACGUAUCCGAGGAGUUUGGAGUAUCAGAGGUUGAAUAUGGAACAUAAGGAUUAUCUGACGUUGGCGCAUGCCGCAGAUCAGACACACGACCCGAAUAAUAGGAAGACGACGCAAGGGUUUGUGUGUAUGGAUGCGAUUGAUACGGAUAGGCGGUUGUAUGCGGAAAGUUGCGGGUAUGAGGUGCAUUUAGGGAAGUUGCAACCCGCUUCGUGCACGAAUAAAAAUAAUUUGUUAGUUGGAAUUUGUAACGGAUAGGUAUUUAUUUGUAACUAGGUUGUAGAUUGAAUGGUUGUAUUUUUAUACUAUGUGUAAAAAUUUUUGUAAAUAAAUGUUAGAUAAGA